AUGGAUUCCAGGAGAGCCUUUGAGGAACGACGCCUAGAUUCCAGGAGAGCUUCUAAAGAACAUCUCGAUUCCAGGAGGGCUUCUGAAAAACGUCUGUAUUCCAGGAGAGCUGAAGAACGUCUAGAUUCUAGGAUAGCCUCUAAAGAAAGACGUCUAGAUUCUAGAAGGGCCUCUGAAGAACGACAUCUGGAUUCCAGGAGGGUUUCUGAAGAAGGUCUAGAUUCCAGGAGGGCUUCUGAAGAACGUCUAGUUUCCAGGAAGGCUUCUGAAGAACGUCUAGUUUCCAGGAAGGCUUCUGAAGAACGACGUCUAGAUUCCAGGAGAGCCUCUGAAGAACAACGUCUGGAUUCCAGGAGAGCAUUAGAGAAACGGAAUUCCAGGAGGGCUUCUGAAGAACGUCGUCUAGAUUCCAGGAGAGCUUCUGAAGAACGACGUCUGGAUUCCGGGAGAGCAUCUAAGGAACGUCUAGAUUCCAGGAGAGCUUCUGAAGAAAGUCUAGCUUCCAGGAGGGCUUCUGAAGAACCUUCCAAGAGAGCUUCUGAAGAACGACGUCUGGAUUCCAGAAGCGCUUCUGAAGAACGACUUCUAGCUUCCAAGAGAGCCUCUGAAGAACGACGUCUCGAUACCAGAAGAGCCUCUGAGGAACGUCUAGAUUCCAGGAGAGCCUCUGAGGAACGUCUGGAUACCAGGAGAGCCUCUGAAGAACGACGUCUAGAUUCCAGGAAGGCUUUUGAAGAACGGAGAGCCUCUGAGGAACGUCAUGAUACCAGGAGAGCCUCUGAAGAACGACGUCUAGAUUCCAGGAAGGCUUUUGAAGAACGGCAUUCCAGGAGGACAUUUGAAGAACGUCUUGAUUCCAGGAGAGCCUUAGAGAAACGGAAUCUGGAUUCCAGGAGGGCUUCUGAAGAGCACAGUCUAGAUUCCAGGAGGGUAUCUGAGGAACGUCUAGAUCCCAGGAAGGCUUCUGAAGAACGUCCAGACGCCAGGAAGGCUUCUGAAGAACGACGUCUAGAUUCUAGGAAGGCUUCUGGAGAACGACGUCUAGAUUCCAGGAAGGUUGCUGAAGAACGACGAGAGCCUCUGAGGAACCGUUUAGAUUCCAGGAGAGCUUCUGAAGAACGACGUCUAGAUUCCAGGAGGGCAUCUGAAGAACGUCUUGAUUCCAGGAGAGCCUCAGAGAAACGGAAUCUGGAUUCCAGGAGGGCCUCUGAAGAACGACGUAUAGAUUCCAGGAGGGUAUCUGAGAAACGUUUAGAUUCCCGGAAGGCUUCUGAAGAACGAUGUCUAGAUUCCAGGAAAGCCUCUGAGGAACGACGUCUAGAUUCUAGAAGGGCUUCUGAAGAACGACGUCUGGAUUCCAGAAGGGCUUCUGAAGAACGACGUCUCGAUACUAGAAGAGCCUCUGAGGAACGUCUAGCUUCUGGAGAACGACGUCUAGAUUCCAGGAAGGCUUCUGAAGAACGACGUCUAGAUUCCAGGAAGGCUUCUGAAGAACGUCUAGAUUCCAGGAGAGCCUCUGAUGAACGACGUCUAGAUUCCAGGAGAGCCUCUGAGGAACGAUGUCUAGACUCCAGGAGGGUAUCUGAAGAACGUCUAGAUUCCAGGAGAGCUUCUGAAGAACAAUGUCUAGAUUCCAGGAGAGCUUCUGAAGAACGACUUCUCGAUUCCAGGAGAGUAGGCUUGAGGUUGAAUAAGCUCGAUUUCUCGACUCAUAAGAUUCCCGACCAGCCGGAUACAAUAACCUUCUCUACCAAGCAUGGAUCUCUCAGUAUCAUUGAAAACGGAAAGGAAGAAUGGAAUACCAGUGGCAUGGUGGUGAAGGGACUCUGGACGGGUCUGGCAACACUCGCUCUCUACCACACUCGCCACGCUCCGAUCUCCAAACUCACUUCCUGCUGAUGGGCUACACGUCCUCCCCUCCGCUCUAUAAAAAACAUUCACUAUGCAUAAAACGGGAGUUUGAGUAAUCUAUAAUUACCUCGUCACUUUGCUUACUCACAAUCACCUGACGAAAUAAGACUUUAAGUGAUAUGUACCAUUUCAUCCCGACAUUAUCCAAAAACAACUCGAAGACGACUCCGAAUGACUGCAUUAUUUUAGAGAUAUUGACACAGAAACUCAUAUCAAUACAGUAAUCAUAUAUGCCUGUUAAAGGGAAGAUUCUGUAUUCUAGGUGCUAAGGAAAAAAAUAAGAGGAUUAUUUUAUAUAAGCAGUUACAUAACACUCACACGCACACACACACACAUAUGUGUAUACAUACAUAUAUAUGUAUACACACACACACACAUGAAUACAUACAUAUGGACAAACAUGAAAAAUAUGUAACUUUUCCCCAAACAUUAUGUGUAUGUUACUAUCUGUGUAAAUGCCCAAUAAAAUAUGAAUUCAAA